UCCUACAAAUCCUAUAAACAACAAAAUUUAUCAAUUAGAAUUUAUGAAAGAAAAUUUGGAUCCUACGCCUGCAAUGAUUGACGAACAUCGUUUUAUUCAUAAGUUUUCAUCAAUAACUGUUGAUAACGAUAAAUCUCCCGAAAAACCUCUGAAAGAAAUAUUCACUUUGCCGUUGGAUUAUUUACUGAAGAAAAAAAUAAUAAAAAUUGAAAAAACAGGCAAGUCAAAGUUACCAUCUGUGGGGAUCUCUGAUGAAUGGUACAAACAAUUAAAAAAAGAAAAGUUAAAAAACAUGAAAGAAGAAAAACUUGAAAAUAAAAAAUAUUACAAGAAGAAAAGAAAAAGUUAA